GAUCCGGAGCUUCAUCCGAGACGCGUGGAGAGCCGAGCGCGCGCGCGCACUGACUUACUCAACGAAAUUAAUAAAUAAAGUAAUUAAUACAGCGAACGCGUGUUCAAACCCACUACAAUGAGAGCAAAUCUGUCGCAGUCAGUCCAAUCCUCAUAUGACUUCCAGCCAUUUACAAUUUAAUGAUAAGUAUUUGGAGAGCUCUUUGGAUUGAUCCCACUGUAAUCCAGUCAUGAAGAACAGAAGGGAAUAUGUGGAAUACUGGAGCGCGAUUAUAGUGUCUCUCUUCUGGAUUCACAGUUCCUCCGGGAUGCCUCAUGUCAUACGGAUAGGUGGGAUUUUUGAACAAACCGAUGGACCCGUGGCACUCGUGAGCUCCGAGGAGCUGGCCUUUAAAUUUGCAGUUAAUAAUAUCAACAGAAACAGGACAUUAUUGCCCAACACAACGUUAACGUAUGACAUUCAGAGGAUCAAUAUCUACGAUAGCUUUGAAGCCUCUAGAAAAGCAUGUGACCAGCUGUCUUUAGGUGUUGUUGCCAUAUUUGGGCCGUCUCAUAGCUCCUCAUCCAAUGCUGUACAGUCCAUCUGCAAUGCCCUGGAGGUGCCGCAUAUACAAGUACGAUGGAAACACCAUCCAAUGGACAACAGGGACACAUUUUAUGCCAACCUGUACCCCGAUUACUCCUCUCUCAGCUACGCUAUCUUAGACCUGGUGCAGUUCCUCAAGUGGAAGACAGCCACUGUGGUUUAUGAUGACAGCACAGGAUUAAUCAGGCUUCAGGAGUUAAUUAUGGCACCGUCCAGGUAUAACAUCAGACUGAAGAUCCGACAGCUCCCUCUGGACACCACAGACACCAGACCUCUGCUCAAGGAGAUGAAACGGAGCAGAGAGUUUCGCAUUAUCUUCGACUGCAGUCAUAUAAUGGCUGCACAGAUUCUUAAACAAGCCCAGAUGAUGGGAAUGAUGACAGAGUACUAUCACUACAUCUUCACCACUCUGGAUCUCAUGGCUAUAAACCUGGAGCCGUAUCGCUUCUGUGGUGUUAAUAUGACCGGAUUCCGCAUUCUAAAUGUGGACAAUCCUCAAGUUGCCUCCAUUGUGGAGAAGUGGUCCCUCGAGAGACAGAUUCCACCAAAACCGGACUCCGGCCUCCUUGAAGGGAUUAUGACGACAGAUGCUGCUCUGACGUACGACGCAGUCCACAUCGUGUCGGUCUCUUACCAGCAUGCUCCGCAGAUGACUGUCAACUCACUGCAGUGUCACCGCCACAAACCCUGGAGGUUCGGAGGCCGCUUCAUGAGUUUCAUUAAGGAGUCUCAUUGGGACGGCCUGACGGGACGGCUGUGCUUCAACCGGACUACAGGUCUGCGCACCGACUUUGAUCUUGACAUUGUGAGUCUAAAGGAGGAUGGCCUUCAAAAGGUGGGAAAGUGGAGUGCAUCUGGAGGGCUCAACAUCACGGAGGUUUCCCGGCAGAAUGGCAUGAACAUCACAGACUCACUUUCAAACCGCUCACUGGUCAUCACCACUAUCCUGGAGGAGCCAUAUGUUAUGCUUAAGAAGUCUGACAAGGCACUUGCUGGCAAUGACCGCUUUGAGGGCUUCUGUAUCGACCUCCUUAAAGAGCUGGCCAGCAUUCUAGGAUUUUCCUAUGAGAUCCACCUGGUGCCAGAUGGGAAAUAUGGUUUUCAAGAUGACAAAGGCCAGUGGAAUGGCAUGAUAAAGGAGCUCAUGGAACAUAGAGCCGAUCUAGCCGUGGCUCCUCUCACGAUCACGUUUGCGCGAGAGAAAGCUAUCGACUUCUCCAAACCCUUCCUGAACACUGGCAUCAGCAUCCUGUACCGCAAACCCAACAGCACCAACAGCGGCUUCUUCUCUUUCCUGAACCCCAUGACCCCUGACAUCUGGGUGUACAUCCUACUGGCCUAUCUGGGUGUCAGCUGUGUGCUCUUCGUCAUCGCCAGGUUCAGUCCGUAUGAGUGGUACGACGCCCACCCAUGCAACCCUGGCUCCGAUGUGGUCGAAAACAACUUCACCCUUCUGAACAGCUUCUGGUUUGGCGUGGGCUCCCUCAUGCAGCAAGGUUCAGAGUUGAUGCCCAAAGCUCUCUCAACCCGAAUCAUUGGAGGCAUCUGGUGGUUCUUCACUCUCAUCAUCAUCUCCUCCUACACUGCAAAUCUGGCUGCCUUCCUCACUGUAGAAAGGAUGGACUCACCCGUUGACUCAGCCGAUGAUCUGGCCAAACAAACCAAGAUCGAGUAUGGUGUAGUCAAAGAUGGAGCCACCAUGUCUUUCUUCAAGAAAUCACGUGUGUCUACGUUUGAGAAGAUGUGGGCUUUUAUGAGCAGCAGACAGAGUACAUCAUUCGUAAAGUCCAUUGAAGAUGGCAUUCAGAGAGUUUUGAAGUCUGAUUACUCUUUGCUUAUGGAGUCAACUACUAUUGAGUACGUGACUCGUAGGAACUGCAAUCUAACACAGGUCGGAGGCAUUAUCGACAGCAAAGGUUAUGGAAUCGGCACCCCCAAAGGUUCCCCAUACAGGGAUAAAAUCACAAUCGCUAUACUCAGCAUUCUGGAGGAUGGUCGUCUUCACAUGCUCAAAGAGAAAUGGUGGAGCGGCAGCAGCUGCCUGGAGGAUGAGCGGUAUGAGACGGGUCCAAUGGGCAUCCAGAAUCUGGGUGGCAUCUUCAUCGUGCUGGCGUCUGGUCUGGUGCUCUCAGUGUUUGUGGCUAUAGGAGAAUUCAUUUACAAACUCCGCAAAAAUGCAGAACGUGAACAGGUCUUUCUGCAGUGCGGUGAUAGAAGAGAUCAGACUGUCGUUCAUGUACGAGAGACGAGUGAAACACAAGCCCCACCCCCAGCCGCCAGCCAUAGCGAAGACAGACGCAGUGAUCAACAUGCACUCCUUCAACGAUUGUCGCCUGCCCGGAAAGGACAACAUGAGUUACAGCACCGCAAUGACGCCCGUAUUUCCAUGACUUGCCUGGGCGACGGCCAUCUAAGGCACGUUCCCGGCACUGUGCCGGAGAGCAGGGACUACGGUUCCGAAAUGAUCACAGCAUUCACCAUCAACCGUAGAGAUAUCCGACACCAAAUGGCCAGUCAAAACGGUGGCAGUAGCAACAAACCAGGUAGUGACCACAUCCUCAAACCAAUGUAUCCCACAAUGCCAUUGCGAGAGGGCGGCCGAUCGGUAUCCUUCCUGUGAGAGUGGCACGCCACGUCUCGGAAACAGAUCUGCGCCAGAGUCUGAUGUUUACAAAUGGCACUCCAACGCAAAGCUUACAAUCUGAAACGUGGAACUUGAAGGAGCCCCCCCCCCCCAAUCUAAGUUUCUCAAUGAAAAUGUUGAAUAUAGGCUUUUCUGAAUCAUGGCAAUAAAUGAAACUACAGACAGACACAAAGGGGAGUAGUUUUCUUAGAGUAUCAUUUAUAGCACAUAAAAUUCUUUUUCAAGAGUUCUGACAAUUCAUGUUUUUAUUUUGUCAAACGCUGUAGCCGUUUUGCAGCGUUUCAUAGGAGGCAAUGUACAGUACAGUGUGUCGGACCGUAGGAGAAUUUAGUUUAGUAUGCUGUUCUUUAGCAGCCAAUGUGAUAUUAGAAAACCCUUAAACUGCAAGUUCCUGAAGGCUACAGAGAGCGUAGCACCCUCCUUUGUUCAUGGAAAUGCAGAAAUACACAGAGUUGAUUUCAUUCAAGCCACCUAAAUAAAUUGUAGUUCAAAUAGCUAGACUUUUUGUUACCCUCAAACGAAUAACAAUUCUGCACAGCCUGUAAAGUCAUUUCAUAGUGCUUACAGGCAAGACUUACAGACAUUUUGAUUUAUUUGCGCUUCAUACUUUGCCAGCAGAUGUUUUUUACACAGCAAGAUUUAAUGGUAAUGACGGAUAAACACAACAGUUGCCAAAGAUCUGUCAUCCAAAUGGAUUUAGAUACUUGAAACGCAGCUUUCCCUGCAAACAAGAAAGCGAAUGACACAUUGACUCGGUUGUGUUCGUUAAAUGAUUUAUUCCUGAGAAUCACAGGCCUCAUAUCAAAAAUAUUCCCUUGUAUACAGAGGAUUUACGUACAUAUACAGAGGAUUCUCAACAACAAGUUGGCUUUUGCAAUCUGCAUCAGUGUAGAGCCCCAUCUAUGUCAACUUGUUUGAAGUACAUAAUUCAGUGUGGCUUGGCCUUCAUCUCAACAUAUAAUGUGAAUUAUAUAUUUUUUAAAUCUUUUGCUUUGUUGUUAAGAGUUGGGUUUGAGAGUUGUCAAGUAAAUGGAAUGAGUUGUUCCAAUCACCACAAACAAACACAGUGUUUUUGCAUAAAGGAGUAGUUCACCCCAAAGUCAUCAUUUGCUCACCCGUAUGUUAUUCCAAGCUGCUCUUUUCCAUAUAACAAAAGUGGUUGGUGAUUUAUACUGCUAAGCUACCAAAAGGCCAAAAUAAACUAAUCAAACAAAAGGUAAAAGUAGUCCAUAAGACUCAUUUAUCAUAUUCAAAGUCUUCUAAAGCCAUAUGAAAGCUUUGUGUGAAAAAAAUAUUGAAAUCUGAAGGGAUAGUUCACCCCCAACUUCAGAACACUUGGAAUAUAGCACACAGGUUGUAUGGACUACUUGUACAGUACUUUAAUGGCACUUUACAUUUCAUGUUUUUACCCUUUUUUUUAAAUUAUUAUUAACAACUUUUAUUGAUUCCAUUCAUAAGACAAACAAACACAACAUAAAAUACGGAAUCAAUUAUAUACAUGAAACCCCUCCCCCCGAAGAAUUCCCCCCCACCCCCAGCCGACACAAACACCUCUACAGUGGUCACCAACAAUUACAACGUAAAAAUAAUAAAAAUUAAAAAAAAAAAACAUUUAAAAAGUAUACUUUCAAAAAAACAACAAGAAUGCACAUACACAUCAAACUACAAAUCCCUCUUCACUGCCCCUCCCCGAGAACCCUCUAAAAAAGCCAAAUAUCCAUCCCACUUCCUUUCAAAUAAAUCCCAUUUUCCCAGACUUCUAUGUUUACCUUUGUUAAGUGUAACACCUUACAUUCAUGUUUUUACCUUUGUUAAUGGUAAAUCUGAAAGUUUUUACCUUUGUUAAGGGGUUCAUUAAUGACAAUUUAGUCAUUUACAAAUGCAUUAUAAAUCACUGAUAUUUGGUUAUAACAAUAUGAUAUUUCAUACAAUACUUGCCAGAUAUUGAGCCAUUUUACCUAAAAUAUUAUAAGUGCUUAAUAACACUUAUUUAACGUUAGUAACCUAUAAAAAUGUACAUUAAUGUAUAGCGGACACAUAUGAAGCAUUUAUGAAGUAGUUGCCAAUAUUAGAAACCUAUGUACAUAAAGUUCAGUAUGGCUUAAUGGUCAUCAGGCUUUAUUUUAUGAAAUGUGCUGUGAAUGUGCAUGAAGACCAAAAAAAAAAAAAAAAUUUUUUUUUUUGAUUUUUCAGAGGACUUAGUAACUAGGACUAAGUUAGGACAGCACUCAAGUAGCACCAUUCUUUUGACAUCAACGUGACAAGGAAAGUGACAACAAAAGUGAGUCAAGACAUUACAGUAGUACAUAUAAACACAAAGCGGACUGUAGCAAAAUGACAUCUUGCAUCUAAUCUUAAUAUAAUAAUAUUGAAUCAGACUAUUUUUAUGUUUUUGAAUAAAUCAUGAAUUUUAUGUUUUUGAUUAAUAUAAUUAUGUAUAAGUGUAUUUAGUAAGCAUUUAUAACAUGUACGUUAAAAUGCACACUAUUCGGCAAGUGUGUUUCUAUUCAUGUUGUCAUAACUGCAUAAUCAAUGAAUAAUGCAUUAGUAAAUGAAUUAUUACUCACUAAUGAACCUCUUAAUUAACCCUUAAUAAAGGGAAUGCUAAUGUAGUGUUAAUGUAAAGUGUUUUUUUUUUUUUUUUCACUUCUGUUGUAUGGAAAAGAACAGCUCAGACAUUCUACCUAACAUCUCAUUUUGUGUUUCACUGGAGAAAGAAAAAAUUACUGGGUCACAAUGACAUGAAGGUAAUUAAAUCAUGACAAAUUUUCAUUUUUGGGUGCAUUAUUUCUUCAAUAGUGUUUUUCUGAAUGAGCAAUUCUGGCAGAAAAUUAUUAAUCAGCCCAACAGAAAGUUAACCCAAAAUUGAUUUUUUUAAAAAUGCAUUUUUAAUUUUUACAUAUCUUUUUUAUGUCAUGCAUAAUAUCACGACUAAAGCAUGGCGAUGUGACCAUCAGAAGUUGUGAGCAGUUCCAGUGAUAAUAUAGGUGAUAUAUUAACACAAUGAAGGGAACUCCAAUAAUUUAAAGUGUGUAUAUUUCAUUUCAAAGCAUUACUUGGUGUUGUCAUAUUCAUUUUGCAGGACAGUUCUGAAUGCUUUUAACAACUAAAUGUGACAUUAAGAUGUACAUCAGUAAUAUGAGACACUUUAUGGCCAUAAGGUUCCCUGCUUUGUGACUGACAGGCUGAUCAAUAAGGGUAGGAUUAGGGGUAGGUUUAGGGUUCGGGCCAAAAGCCACAAAGCAGUGCACCUUCCACCAAUAGGUGGUUAUAUGGCUUUCAAAAUUGCAUAUUUGAGUGUUCAUCAAAUAAUGAGAGUAAACAAAUGCAGAGACACAACAAACUUGCAAUAUAUGUGCGUUAGACAUCAAAACUGCAAUACAGAUGUACUGGACCCUCUCAUAUCUGAACAUGGUUUGUGUUCAGAUGAACAUUUAAUGACAGUUCUCAUAGAUAUUUCAAAUACAUUCAGCACUCAACUGAUUUUAUAUGAAGCUUUUCCAUGUGUCAUGUACAUGUGGGAAACUCUACGAACGAAGCAUUCUCAUGACGAGGAGUAGGUGCUACGAGUCUUCACCUGCUGCCUGCUCGUGGCAGCUCAACCAAUGACAGGCCUCUGUGAGGUCAAUCUAAUGGACAGUGUCAGAAACGAGCAAAAACAAAAGAAAAAAAGCAUUUUUGUGUUAAACGUUUUUAUGGUGAAUUAUGUAAUGACCAGAAUAACUUCAUGUGACUAAAUGUUUCUUUGGUGAAAGCUCAUUGUAUAUGUAUUAUUCAAAUUCUGUGUAAUUUUAACACUUUCUUGCAAAGUAGGGUAUAUAUUAGAUGAACAGAAAAUUACUGUAUUUUGCUAAAUACUGAUGAUUUUUACCUGUAUUUUUUUUCCUCAGCUCUUCUCGAUAAUUUGUGCAAUGCUGUAUCAAGCGUGAUACAUGCAUAUUGUAAUAUACUGUAGGAUUUACUCUCAAGAUACAACUAAAUGGAUUUAAAGAACAACAAUUUAACACCCAAGGCCCAGAAGUCCAGCACAUUCACUUCAAUUUAUAUUGGGGGGUUGAUAUUAAUACCAUAUGGAGUCAUGUAUGUUAUUCUGCAACCUAAUGUAUUCAUAUCAGAUGUAUAUAAAUAAUACUUAUAUCAGAAUAUUCAGAGCAGAAUACGAUGACUGAUUCUGUGUCAUUUCUAAUCCAUUUUCCAUGAACACCGAUCAUGUAUAUUAAGCUUACUAAUUUAUUUAUUUAUGUCU